CGGCUCGUGUCUCGUGCCUCCGACGCAACGCGCUCUCGUCUUGCUCCCAGAGCUGGAGCCCACCCGAGCCGCGACACCCUUCUCCUCCUCCCCGCACACCCAUGGGGUCGUCGGAGGCCGACGACGACCAGCUCCUCAAGAGUUUCUUGGCCGAGGUCAGCGAGGCCGAGCGCGACAACGAAGUCCUCAGGAUACUCGGUUGCUUCAAGUUAAACCCUUUUGAGCAUCUUAAGUUGUCUUUUGAUUCUUCUGUGGAUGAGGUGAAGAAGCAAUAUAGGAAGUUGUCACUGUUGGUCCAUCCUGACAAGUGCAAGCAUCCACAAGCACAGGAAGCUUUUGGAGCCCUGGCAAAAGCACAGCAACUCCUACUCGAUCCACAGGAAAGAGGGUACAUUCUGGAUCAAGUUACUUCUGCAAAAGAAGAACUGAGGGCAAAAAGGAAAAAAGAGCUGAGGAAAGACAGCGCAUCCAAGAUAAAAUCCCAAGUAGAUGAGGGAAAGUACGAAGAGCAGUUUGAAAGAUCAGACGAAUUUCAGAAGCAGCUAAUAAUUAAAGUUCGUGAGAUUUUGACGGACAAAGAAUGGCGUCGGAGGAAAAUGCAGAUGAGGAUAUCAGAGGAAGAAGGAAGACUGAAGAAGGACGAGGAGGAAACAAAAGAAAUGUGGAAGAGGAAGAGAGAGCAUGAAGAGAAGUGGGAGGAGACCAGAGACCAGCGAGUCUCUAGCUGGAGGGAUUUCAUGAAGACAGGAAAGAAGGCACGGAAAGGAGAGCUCAAACCUCCGAGGCUCAAGACCGAAGACCCGAACAAAUCUUAUGUUCAGAGGCCAGUAAAGCGUGGUUAAAAGGAAUCGUAUUCAUCUGCACUCGAAGACCAAUCUGUCGGCCAUUCUUGCCGCGACCUGAUCCAAGCCACAGCCUGUCAAGUUAAUCUUUCAGGCUAUAAGCUUGGGUUAUGACUUGUAUGUUCCCAGUGUAGUCAGUGGAACAUAGCAGAUAAUUGUGAGCAAAAUGGCAACAUAUCAUCUACCUAGAGUGGUAUUGGACUAAUGUACCUGUGUAGAAUGCGUUCCUGAAAAAGAAAUUUUCUGUUGAAAAAGAAACACUGAAGUGGAUGUUGGAAUAUGAUCCUUGUUUCAUCAGUAUUCAGUGGAAGUGACGCUAAUAUAUACUCCUAUUUAUCA